CCACCACCACCACCACCACAUCCCUUCGUAACACCAUGUCGACUCAAGCUUCCACCUCUGCUGCCAAGUCUCGUCUUCUCCAGAAGAACGACGACGACGUCGUCAUCGUCUCCGCUGUUCGUUCAGCCAUCACCAAGGGUCGCAAAGGUGGAUUCAAGGACACCAAGCCCGAGCUGCUCCUCUCGCACGUCCUGCGCGCCGCCUACAGCAAGGUCUCGCUCGACCCCAAGCUCAUCGAGGACAUCUCCGUCGGCAACGUCCUCCCCCCGGGCGGUGGUGCGACCGCUGCCCGCAUGGCCGCCCUCCACGCUGGCAUCCCCAUCGAAACCUCGAUCAACACCGUCAACCGACAGUGCUCCUCUGGCUUGACCGCCAUCACCCAGAUUGCGAACGAGAUCAAGGCCGGUCAGAUUGACAUUGGUAUUGGUGCUGGUGUCGAGUCGAUGACCAACGGCUACGGAGCCGGCGCCAUGGGCGAAUACUCGAACGAGGUCCUCUCCAACCCCGACGCCGAGGACUGCCUCCUGCCCAUGGGCAUCACCUCUGAAAACGUCGCCGCCGACUACGGCAUCACCCGCGCCGUCCAAGACGAGUUCGCCGCCAUCUCCUUCCAGCGCGCCGCCAAGGCCCAGAAGGAGGGCAAGUUCAAGGAGGAGAUCGUCCCUAUCACCGCCAAGUGGGUCGACCCCAAGACUGAGCAGGAGCGCGAGAUCGUGGUCGACCACGAUGACGGUGUUCGGGAUGGUGUUACCAAGGAGAGUCUCUCCAAGUUGAAGCCUGCGUUCAAGAAGGAUGGAACUACCCAUGCUGGUAACGCCUCGCAAGUCUCCGACGGUGCCGCCGCCGUCCUCCUCGCUCGCCGCUCCGUCGCCAAGCGCCUCGGCCUCCCCAUCCUCGGCAAGUUCGUCACCUCCUCCGUCGUCGGCGUGCCCCCACGCGUCAUGGGUAUCGGCCCCGCCUUCGCCAUCCCCCGCGUCCUCCAAGUGGCCGGCAUCACCCCCGACGACGUCGACUUCUACGAGAUCAACGAGGCGUUCGCGUCGCAGGCUGUCAUGUCAGUGCAGCACUUGAAGAUCCCCUAUGAGAAAGUCAACAUUAAUGGUGGUGCGAUUGCUAUUGGCCACCCCCUUGGAUGCACUGGUGCACGACAGGUUGCGACUGGCUUGAGUGUGGCGAAGCAGACUGGUGGACGGGUGUUUGUUACUUCGAUGUGUAUUGGUAGUGGUAUGGGUAUGGCUGCUGUGUUCGUCAGCGAGCACUAAGCAAAGCGCCUGUGUUUGGUGUGGGUUUGGUAGUAUAAAGUAUGAUACGUAUAUCCUAUUUAUUUGCCCUCUCUUGUAAUUUUAAAAAAGAAGGAAAAUCUUUCGUUGUUGUAACACUUC